CUUUGGACUACCGUCGCCAUCCUGUGCGCUGGCCUCUUUCUCGGAUUUCCCAUCUCGCAUCACAGAACAGCCUACUUGCUCCCAAUGCUGGGGGCUGUCCAAUCGGCAAUGCCAUCUUUCAUGUGCGCCUGCUUGGUCCUGAUGUUUCAUCGUCAGCGGGUCCGACUUUGUGGCCUCUCACGGGAGACGGCCGAUGCAUACGUUGGAGCAUAUCGAUUUUUAUCUGCCCUUGGCUGCCUCGUCUAUUUGGUGUUUCUUAUGGCCACUAUUUUUGUUUUCCAGGUGGGAGAAACGCAGGAUCCGGCCUACUUCUUCAUGACAUCCACGUGGCUGUUGGUGGCCCUCUUGUGGUUCGUAAUGCAGGCGUGUCUCAAGCCGUCUCCUAAGCAAAUCGAUGACAUGGUGCGACUCUAUGAGCACUCUCACCCUGGCGGCACGCUGUCGCCCGCGCCUCCGUCCGCCGAUCAGGGGCCUCAUGUGGGGGCUUUAGUUGCAACGGUGGGAGCCCCUCUGCAGAACCCUUAUGGAGGCAGCUCCACUGAAAUGACACGCGUCACUUCGCCACAGCAGGCCUUCGUGGCUCAACGGGAGGGGCCCCCCCUACACACUGUACCACCAACAAAAGGAGCAGCUACUGCUGCUGUCGCCGCAUCGGCGGUCGAGGAGUAG